GGCCCGCAUAUGAAUGCGCGUGGGCUCCCGGGUCACCCAUGGCUGUCGCAAGUCGUCGGGAGACCUUUACGGCUCCGAGAAGGCUCCAUGAGUGGAUAUGCUGGAGAGCUUUAUAAGUCAGCUGGAUUGAGGAACUGAGAGGACCGACCGCCAUUAACGCCCUCAACGCUCUUUCUCGCUUUCUUCCAACGCUCCUCGAUAUCCCUUUCCCUGUAGCCAUUCUGUGCUGUCUUUCUCUUGCAUUGCUCUGAUUUUAGGUUUCCUGCUGUUCGUGUUCUCUUUAUUGUGGAAAAACGUUUUAGUUUGGUGAUUGGUUUUGGAUGGAUUGCUUCUUUGCAGAAACAAUCAUUAGUUUCUACCUAGUUUGCUAAUUUGUUUAUAAACCAGAAAUCAAAAUUGGGUUUUUUGUUUUUUUUGGCCCUCUUAUAAUUUCUUAGGAGUCAUGGUAUUCCUAGGAUGGCUUCUUUGGAGAAACAAGCAGUAGUUUGUUGUUCUUUUUGUUCUAUUUGUUUUGGAUAAGCUUUAAUUUAGGAGUGCAAAAAUCAAAUCAGACCAAUUUUUUAACCCUGGUCGGAAUUUGAAUUUUACUCUUUUCUGCUCUCAUGGUGUUUGAUAAAAUGCCUCUUCGCGGAACCAAUCACUAGUUUUUUGCCUUCUUGUUUUUCUUGUUCACAAGGUUUCAAUGUUUUGUACUUUUUCGAUAUCAGUGAUCAAAAUUCGAUCUUUCUUUUUCACCCCAGUUCGAAUUUGAUUUAGCUGUGGUUUACUAGGCGGCCUUAAUUAUAUUUUUCUUCUCCUGCAUUUUGGGGCUCCAUGGAAGAAGCGAGAAAGGGCGAGGGGAAAUCUCCAAGUGUUGUGGAAGGAGACGACGAGUUGCGUAGGCAGAAGGGAAAAGGUCCGAAGCUCGACACGCCGGCAAGGAGAACAAUGGAGUUUGAGAGCCCCUCUGUGCCCAUUUUUGAAGAGGCACAUCCAGAGGCGCUUCAGCCAUUGAAGAAGUUUAGAAGCCCGGCUCGAUUCUUAUCUAAUCCCCCCUCUCCAUCAACCCCAGCUGGGCCGACCGCUUCUUCUCCCUUGUCAAUCUUCCCUUUUGCUUACGAAGCCUCAAACCCUUCUUCACUUGCAUCCUCACUUCUUCCUCUUAGUCAGCAAAAAAUGAUAUCUUUCUCACAGAACAAGUAUGGUUCCACUCCUCCACCUUCUUCCUUGUUUCUAACAGAAGGAAUACAACAGAGGUAUACAGAGCCGCUGCUCAAGUACUGGAGCGAGUCGCUGAACCUGAGCCCCCGUGGGAAUAUGAUGAUGACAAGCCUCUUAGAAGGGAAAAGCAGUUCACCUGCGUCGCUUUUACGUCCUCCGGUGAAGCUUUAUAGAGGAGUAAGGCAACGGCACUGGGGCAAAUGGGUGGCUGAGAUUCGCCUUCCGAAGAACCGCAACAGGCUAUGGCUAGGCACCUUCGACACUGCAGAAGAUGCUGCGCUUGCUUACGACCGCGAAGCCUUCAGGCUGCGCGGCGAGAACGCGCGGCUUAACUUCCCCAGCUUAUUCCUCGGCAAGAGCAGCAAGGACGUGGCUUCUUGCUCAUCUUCUCCUUCUUCUUCCACCCCUCAAAAGAAAAAGGUGGAAGUUUUGGACAGCAGUGAGCAGAGCUCAGAAGUGGCGGCGAUGGAGCAGAGUUCGUUUGGAACGGAAUUGGUGUGGAGUGAGGCGGAAGAGGCCUGGUUUAAUGCUUGGGGACCUGGAAGUUCUGUUUGGGAUGAUGUUGAUGGAGCUGGAGGAAGCAUGCUUUUUCAGUCUCCUUUAGGCUCUGUUUCUGAAGCUGAAACAGGGUGCUCUGCCCCUCAGCUGCCAGCCGCAACCGCUGAAGAGGAAAUGGAGAAUUCUUCUUCAGCUCCUCACUCUUUUCCUCCUUCCACUUUCAUGUGGAAGGAUCCAUGAUUCUUCUUUUCGUGAUGCAUUCGGUCCAGUUUUUGAGUUUCAUACUGGAUUUGGUCUGACAGAGGUUAUUUGAUCUGUUCGGAUUCACUUCAGUUUUGCCCUCUCCCUCUCCCUCACCCUCUCCCUCUCCCUCUCCCUCUCUCUCUCCCCCUCUAUAGGAAUAGUUCACUGGUUGCAGAAUUUUAACCGGCAGCCGUUGACAGCCUAUUUAGCUUCCAUGUUCAUGACUGCAUAAAUUUUUAUGUUUGCAGUCUCAAAUCUGCAUAACUUUUCUUGUUACGAACUUUUUGUGGUUUCUAUGAUGUUAUGGCGGUGACUACAUGUGAAGAGAAAGCAUGGAGUUUAUGUAUGUUUUAUUUCUAAAUCAUUUGUAGUUUUCAGUUGAUUUAGGUACCAGUGGAAAACAGGGGCAUGUGUGAGGAGGGAGUGGGAAACGGUUUUGUGUUCUCCUUCACUCCUUGCAUUUAUAUUACCAUGAUGUAAUUAUAGUUGCUGUUACUAUUACUAAGAGAUUUCUCUGUGUAUCUGUUUCUUUCUUUCAAGUCAUUUUUAA